UAAAAAAAAAAAAAUCUUCAACCUCGUCUAGAUUUCAAUGAGUAAUUACAAAUGAUUUACGAUCUCGAUAAAAGCUACUGUCUUCCGUGUUUAUUAUAUUUUAUUUAAAAUAUAAAAUAUUUAUCCGGAACACGCGAAGAAACGUCGGGUAUAAAAAAGAACGGCAUUAAAGUAAAGUAACUAUUUCAUAACACAUCGGAGUUUAAUGUAAGGAGGAACAAGUAACAAGUUUAUUUUUAUCCGUAGGCUGGCUGAAAAAUCCGUACGGGAAUUUUAAAAAGAAGAAAUAAGGAUAAAUUUAUUUAUUUAUUGAGAGUAAGUGAGAAAAUGAAGACUAAAGUGGCUAAAACAAAACUGGUUCCACCGGACGGAGGAUGGGGAUGGGUUGUUCUUUUUUCUGCUCUUCUUGUUAACUUCCUGAUACCCGGCACGGUAAAGUCCUUUGGAGUCCUCUUUGUCGAAUUCCUCCAGGUAUUUAAGGCCUCACCUACUGCCGCUUCGUGGAUGCCUGCGUUAUGUUACUUUCUUUACAGUUCAUUGGGGCCAUUAUCCAGUGUAUUAUCAAUAAAAUAUUCCUACAAAACAGUAACGCUAAUUGGAGGGACUUUUGCAGCUGUUGGAAUGAUGACCAGUUACUUCGCUACCUCUGUAUCUUAUUUAUACGUUAGCUACGGCCUGAUGGUCGGCAUCGGAGCGGGUCUAACCUUUCCUCCAACAAUCUACAUAGUAACAGCGUACUUCGAGCGCCUGCGCGGACUCGCCAACGGCCUGUGUAUAUCAGGGAGCGCAAUUGGUACAAUAGUAUUACCACCAUUUCUUCAAUACCUCCUGAACCAUUUCGGCCACCGAGGCGCUGUGCUGAUAAUGGGAGCCCUGACCCUCAACACACUAGUCUGCGCCCUGCUUUACCACCCGGUGAGCGAGCACAUGAAAGAAGUUCCAGUAGAGGGCAUUGACAACGCCGCAAUGACACUCGACGAGCCGAUAAUCGAGCCGAAGAUUACCGAAAGAAAGUCACGGCCUGAAACUCCGAACAAUUCGAACCACGAUCGUCUCACUGAAUUGUCAAAAUAUCUUGAAAAAAAUCUCAACCCGCCAUCUAUGACUGUUGUCAAUGAAAAUGAUGAUGAAAAUGUGCUAAACCAAUCCAAGUUCCAGGAACCAAACAAUGUUCCAAGAACCAAGUUCCAGGAACCGAACCAUGUUCUAGGAACUGAGUUCCAGGAACCGAAACAUGUUCCAGGAACCAAGUUCCAGGAACCCAAUCAUGUUGUAGGAACCAAGUUUGAAAACCCGAACUAUGUUCCAGGAAUCGAGUUCCAGGAACAAAACCAAGUUUUAAGAACCGAGUUCCAGGAACUGAACAUUGUUCCAGGAACCACGUUCCAAGAACAUAAUGUUCCAAGAACCGAGUUCCAAAAACCGUACCAUGUUCCAGAAACAGAGUUCCAGGAACCGAACCAAGUUUUAGGAACCGAGUUCCAGGAACCGAACCAUGUUCCAGGAACCAAGUUCCAGGAACCGGAACAUGAAAAGAACGAAAUAGUUCUACCAAUAGAUGCUGUAGCGCUUAGUCGUACAAAUUCUACCCGAGUUAGCAAAAAGAACUUCCAUCUUUCCCGCCAUGGCAGCAUUGUCUCCGAAAUGGGGCCAGUUGCCCUCAGCCCCAGGAACAAUGUUCCGGGGCUGUUCCGGCGGUUCUUCAAGACUCCGAAGAAAACUCGUGGCAAGAACAAGAACAAGCUCGAACAAGACGAAACUUCUCAAAGAACCGGAACCAUAGCAAGCACCGACUCGAGCGCCACCAUCGCCAGUUCCGAGUCGAGCGCCACCAUCGCCAGUUCCGAGUCCAGCGCCACCAUCAGCAGUUCCGACUCCAGUUCCACGGUAGACAACAAGUUCUUCGACUUCAGUGUACUCCGCGAUCCACUUUAUAUAAUUAUUUUGAUCUCUAAUUCAACUUCCGCCAUUAGUAACACCAAUUUUAUGAUCUUGCUGCCAUCUUACGCGAUUUCUGAAGGCUUUGACAAGAACAUGUCCGCCCUGUUGCUGUCUAUAGUCUCUGCGUUGGAUCUGGUGGGCCGCAUAGGUGGCGCUUCGCUCUCGGACAUUGACUUUGUGCCAAAGUAUUAUUAUUUUGUGGGAGGGUUAGGAUUGAGUGGAAUUGCGCUUGCGCUGUUACCAAUGGCGACUUCUUAUAUGAUGUUGUCGUUUUUUUGUGCACUUUUUGGACUUUCUUCGGGGAUGUAUAUUGGAAUUACUACCGUCAUCUUGGCGGACAUGUUAGGAACGGAGAAAUUAAGUUCUUCAUAUGGAAUUUCUUUGUUUGUUAAUGGCGUACUGCAGUUGGUUGGACCGCCGGUCUGUGGCGCCAUCUAUGAAAGAGUCGGGACUUAUAAACCGAUUUUUUUGGCUUUCGGGAUUAUUUUGAUACUUGGCACGGCUCUGUGGGCUGUUGUGCCGCUUAUUAAGAGGAAGCCUAAGGAACAACAAGAGGAAUGAUGUUUCUUUUUUUUUUUUUUUUUUGUAGGUUAAAUAGGUUAAAUUUUAGUUGAAAAAAAAAGGUUUUCAUUUUGCCCGCAUUUUUUUUAUCUAGUCAUAUUUUAAGGUGUACAAACGAAUGACAGAAUUUACUUUGGAUUGUUUUUGAGAAAAGUUGGUUCUUUUUUUUUGAUUUUUUGAGUUGAACAAAUAAUUAAGAGGACUGGCAGCUUUUUAGUAUGGUAGAAAAAUUCAUUUAAUUUAUAUUAAAUUAAGAAUAAAUUAUAACAAGGCA